AUGAAAAAAGAAUUAAAAUAUAUAAUAUAUGCUCACGUAGCAUUAAUUAUAUAUUUAAUAUAUUUAUCAUUUGAUUUAAUAACUUUACUUCAUGAUGAUACUUUUAGUGAUGCUUUAUUAGAUAUUGAAUUAAAUCCAUUUAAUGGUAAAAUAGAUAAACCACAGUUAAUUCCAAAAAUCAUUCAUCAAACUUAUAAAACUAAUGAAAUCCCCGAAAUUUGGAAGCCGGGUCAAAAAGCUUGUAUUGAAUUACAUAAUGAGGAUUAUCAAUAUAUUUUAUGGACCGAUAAAAAAUCAAGAGAUUUUAUAUCUGAAGAAUUUCCAUGGUUUUUAAAAACCUGGGAUAAUUAUAAAUAUCCAAUUCAAAGAGCUGAUGCAAUUAGAUAUUUUGCUUUAAGUCAUUAUGGUGGUAUUUAUAUUGAUUUAGAUGAUGGAUGUGAAAGAAGAUUAGAUCCUUUAUUAACUGUACCUGCUUUUGUUAGAAAAACUAUUCCAACAGGUAUUUCAAAUGAUGUUAUGGGUUCUGUACCAAAUCAUCCUUUUUUCCUUAAAGUCAUUGAAAGUUUAGAAAAUUAUCAAAGAAAUUGGUUAGUUCCUUAUAUAACAAUUAUGAUUUCAACAGGUCCUUUAUUUUUAUCAAUUAUAUGGAAACAAUAUAAACGUUGGGGUAUUCCAGAAGCUGGUAAAGUUAAAAUCUUAAUGCCUCAAGAUUAUAAAGGUAAUAAAUAUUCUUUUUUCGCAAUUGCUCCUGGUUCUUCAUGGCAUAUGAGUGAUGCUCAUUUUAUAAAAUCUUUAGCAAAUCAUUUAAUUUUAGCUAUAAUUGGUGGGUUUUUAAUUGCUUUAGUUAUAUUAUUAAUUGAAUAUUUAUUUUAUUCAUUUAUUAUAAGUCAAACAUUUAAAAAAAUUUUAAAUAAAAUUAGAGGUGGAAUAAGUUGGAUAAUAACAACUUUUUUAAAAAUUUUUAAUUUAGAUAAAUAUUUGACAAAUGAAAAUAAUGAUUAUAAAAAAAUUGAUGAUGUUAAAAUUAAGAAAUCAAAUAUUAUAUUGAAUUUCUUAAAUUCAAAAACAAAUGUUAAAAGAAGAAAUAGAAAAGAUUCAAAUUUACCUAUUGAAAUUGGUAUACUAGAAAAAUUAACAAAUGAAAAUGAUGAAACAAUAACAACAACAACAACAACCGAUAUAGAGAUUGAUGAAAUUAAAGAAAAUAUAAAACCUGAUGUUAUAAUAGAAGGUAAAAAAAAAAUUGAUGAUGAAGUCUUAGAUAAUAAUAAAACUACUAGUAUUAAUGAUAAAUUUAAUGAUUAUAGUGAUGACAUUGUAUAA